GGACUGGAUACCGAAUCGUAUCGUUAUUUUAAUUAGACAACAAGAAGACAGACAAGCAGAAGUUAUAAGGGUGCGAUAGAUAGAUAUCCUUUGAUACAUUCUGUCUAUUGAUGAACGUCACCUAGAUUCGCAUUGAAAGGACUUCCCGUUCAAGAUUGCUAAACCUGACGAGACAAAGAGUUAUAUAUCGAAGAAUUGUAUAAACUGUCCAGACUAACAGAUCUACAAUACAGUUGUUUCCAAUCUAGGAAAAUGCUAGACGGCAAUACUAGCGAUACAUCCUUCGUCUGGAGCAGUUUUAAUAGCAGCAUUCGACCAAGUCUGUUGACCGUUGGACCGUACGAUAGGUACAACCUCAGUGGAGAAGCGCUGCGUUAUCUGCAAGACAAACACGAGAAAGCGAGCCAAAUUCUUCAACAAAAACAGGAUGCCCAGCUUAUGAGACAAAUUGUCAUCUCCAGCGUUCUUUGCUUCGUCUCUCUCACGCUUAACAUCGUUUCCGCUGUUGCCGUCCGCUUCAUUAAUGGUGCGAUGGUGUCGAAUCAUAUGCUUUUUCUCAACCUCUGUCUCAGUAACGUACUCGUCUCGCUGGCCUACUUCAUGCAGACCGUGUCCAAAGUGAUGUUUGAGUGGAGCGCAUUUUCCAUUAAGGUUAUCUUUUUCACAUGGAUACUGAGUUACGCUUUCUUUGUGAUGUUUUACUGCGCCUCGGCGUUCACAUUGCUGGCGUUUGCCGUCACACGCUACUUGGCUAUCUAUAAGCCGAUGAUAUAUACUGAGGUAGCGACAAAGAAGAAGGUGAUUGUAUACCUGUGUCUAGUUUGGCUUGCCUCAUUUCUCAUUAGUAUACCUGGCGCAUGUCUCUUCUUUACUAAGAGCGACAAGUGCGAUAUUUGGAACUAUAUCUGGCCCAGUUUCCUCGUCGUGACUAUCAUCGUUAUUAUAUGUCUCUACGUCUCCAUCUGCCGCUAUCUUCGCAACCGUUCCGCCCGCUGGUGUCGCCAGUUGCGCAUGGAUGAGAAUCGCCAGGCGCUCGUCACGACAUUGAUUCUUAUGGUCAGUCUGAUCAUAUCGCUGGUGCCGUACUUCGUAUUCAAGUUCCUACGUUACCACCAUGGAGAAUCCCUCUCUUAUAUCUACUAUAACGCCUUCACAUAUGUGCCCUACAUCAACUUCAUCCUGGAUCCAAUUAUAUUUGGACUGCGCACGCGCAAUAUCCGCAUUGGAUACGCAAGAAUGCUCUACAAAUUGGCGGGUGGUAAUGGAUCAAAAUGGAACAGAUUCCAUUUUACACGCCUGAGUUCCCAUGCCUCACUGAGAUCGAGAGACAGUGACUCAUCUGUGAAGACAUUGAGCUCAAGUAAUGGAAAAUCCUCCACAUAUGUAUGAUAUGUGACCUACACUGGUCCAAGUUGUAAAUUUUUGGACAUUUUGGGGAAAUCGUUGAUGUAAUGAGCGGCUGUUUCACGAGAAUUAACGCUUUUCAAUAUAGUUCGUUUUUUGCUUCUUAAAAGAGAGUUUCAACAACCUAUUGCAAUAGACUCUGACCCUCAAGGUAACAGGCAAAGUCGACUAAUUGAGCAACAUGAAACUUACAUUGGACCAUGGUUGUAAAUAUCACAAACAGUAAUGUCUGGGUCACAUUUUCUCCAAUUCAUCGGCCGGAACGAUUGAGUAUCCUCAUAUUCCGGCCGAUUGAGUAUCCUGUUUACUUAAUUGUAUUCAGUUUUGAACAGAAUACUCAAUCGGCUGGGCGCCGGCCGAUGAAUCAGUGCAAAUGUGACCAAGGCAUCAAAGAGCCUAUUAAUUCUUGAAGGACACAUACUGAUACAAGUUGUAAUCGUUUGAAACACAAGAUGUUGUAGAUACAAGUUGUAAUCGUUUGUACUAGAUACAAGUUGUAAUCGUCUGAGACACAAGAUGUCGUAGUUGUUAACCCUCGAAUGUAACAUAUUAAUAUACAGUUUUG